CUCCUUCUGUUCAUCUCUCUCACACUUCUGUUCUUGCGCUGGCGCUCUUUCGUAUUCCACUUUAUCUGGACAUAGCCAACAUACCAAUUGAUAUUGGUGUAUCAUAUCAGUACAUUGCCCUUCGGGCGGUGGGUCAGCACGGUCUUCGGCUAUAAGGCAUUGUACAGCCGACCAGCACCGGUCAAUAUCAACCCAACAGUGCCGAAACUCGCCUCAACUGCUAUAAGUUAACUCUGAAGGAGCGACGACGAAGGCAAACUGCUUCACCCCCAGAUAAGCUAGAUGAUUGGAAUGCGUCGACGGUCCGUGCUCCCUCCCCCGACCUCGUCGGGUCAGGUAUUCGACCCUCGUCCUCCCCCUAAAAACUCCUUGUUCUGGUUUCUUAGUCCUGCUCCUCGAGUGCACCGACCCCGUCCUCGCAUAGAAGAAGCAGAGGGUGAAGAAGUACUCGACAUCUCCUCCUCGCAUACGCCUAGCGAACCAGCGGACAGAGAAACCAGAGAAGUAGAAGAGGAGAAGGAGAGACGUAAGCUGAGGGAGGAGGCAGCAAGGAGCUUAGGCUGGGGCCCGGAGGAUGCUGGCGCGGGUGUGGCGGUCGUGGAGGAGGGAAGUUUCUUGAAGAUGGGCGAGGUGGAGGAAGAGAAGGCGAAGAGUAGGAGCAAGAGGCAGUCUAUCCAGGCUCUAUUCUUGCCUUCCCGCUCUCCCGUACCCGCACCUUCUCCCUCCCCUGGUCCGGUACCCUCCUCGACGUCUACCACCAACUCUCAACGAAUCCGAUCCCCCGACCCGGUCCCUCCCUUCCCCUCCCCACUCGGCGCCUUCACAACCCUCUACUCCUCUUCGAUCCUCUUCCCUCCUGCUCCCGGAUUUUUCGGGUUCCGCAAGCCCCGUCCACGGCUACUACUCCUCUCCCCACAAGGCUCCCUCCACCUCUUCCCCGGCCGCUUCCCCACUCAAAAAGAGAAGGAAAUCUCCCGACUCUCCCUCCACCCCGGGGGGAAUAUCAGCGCCAUCCUACUCGAAGGCGGACGGAUGAAACAGCAAGAACAUAUGCUCCGUGUCGAGGGCCUUUCCCCCGAUGGGAUGAGGGAGACCUGGGUCUUCGCCUGUUUGUCGAAGCAGGAGAUGGGCGAAUGGAUACGGGUGGUCGAGCGCUUCCUCGAAGGGGGCUCACUUCUCCUUCCUGCAGCUGCAGGGGGAAGGCUGAAGCAGGAUAUCCCAAGCCCGGCGGUGAGCUACCCGAGCGCAUUCGCGCCGCUGUCCCCUUCCAUCCCUGAAGCCUCCGAACCUGUAUCCCAGUCUCCCCCAACACCCCCUCGCGUGCCUGCCGAUUAUCCACCAAUGCCCCACCCACCAGUAACAGCGCUUCCCUUCGCCCCGAAGCCUUCUCCUAGGCCGAGCACGGACCCCAGCAAGCACAAGAGCUUCAUCGCUGGUCCGCCAACUAUCGACCCCAACCGGCGUCGGCCCCCUGUCGUCCCCUCCCCCUCUCUUCCCUCUCAUCCCGAAUCGCAUACCCAAGACCUUGGCCAAUUAGCCCAGCUCGGCCAGCACCCAUUCGGCGCCUCCUCUACCUCACUCCGCGACCGCGAAAUCAGGGAAAGCCUGCCUCCCCUCCCUCCUCCCCGCCGGCCUAGGCCGGGUAGUAUCAGCGGCCGCCCGCUGAGUCCCUCGCCAAGCACAUCGAGCGAUCCCUUCUCUAGCUCUCCACUCCCCUCCCUGCCCGCGGCUCCCAAAGAGUCACAUAUCAGCACGUCCACACAUACUCACUCUCCUCGCCGUCGAACACCAAAACGGCCCAGUACAGCCCCCAGCUUGGGCAGCCCAUCUGGUACAUCUAGCCCUCUUCCGCCCCUCCCGCUUCUACCUACGAAUUCCGGUAGCCUAAAACGCAGAAGCGGUACCCUUCCACCGCUCUCCCCCCCUCCCAACCACCCCAUCCCCGCUUUACCAACCGAACCGCCCCUAGUCGAGCGAAAGAAACCCGAGCGCAGGGUCUCAGCGUUCGCCGCUCUCCCCGGUCCACCAACGACGAACGGCACUGGAGGGUACAUCAACGGCACACGGUCGAGACCGGGCAGCGUGAGCAGCAGGACUGUGAGGCUGUUGCCUGAUAUUCCAGCGCAGGAGCUGGUAGGGCUGGGGAUCUCGAGCCCAAAUCUUCAACGGCGGAUGACUCCCCCUCCCCGGCCGCCCCCAACUACCGCUCUCCCUGCAUUGCCUGUGAACCAACCUGCUCUGGAGAGCGAACGCCCUGGGGGACUCAGUACAAGGGAGAGGAGGAAGGUACAGAGGCACUGGUCCAUGCCUGCUACGACUACUAUGGCCGAAGGCCCGUUUGCCCUCACUUACAGUCAGGGAGAGAACAUCGUAGGAGACUCUUUGGGGGUCACUUCAGAGCCGGUGGAGGAUACACUUCGCCCCUUGCGGGAGACUAACAGGACCCGGAGCACUGCUACUCUGGCCGACUCAGGGGAGAAGAUCAGCUCUGACACGUCGCGGAAGAUGGGUGAGAGCUUUUUUGACCAUUCUCCAGAGCUGGACCAGGAAGAGUUUGGAGAAAAACCUCCCAGGGCGAGCUCCGUACUUUUGGGGGACGACGCAGACCGGUUUUGGAACGAUGCCACCGUAUCCAAUCGUCCUGGCUCUGAGAUUGAGAAGGGUGUUUCGGGCGGUGUUUCGGGCGAACGCUGCGAGCACCCGCGUCAGGACUCAGUGGAGAUGGCGAGCACCAGCACUAAGACGAGUUUCGAGGUGCAGCCGGUUUCCUAUGGCACUGAAUUCGAGCGUUUGGAGAUGCAGCCUGCCAAGAGUUCCGAGACUGUUACUGAAUGAAGAAGGUUCCAGAACAAAGAACUUGCUGAUAUGGCAUUUAUGAUGAUGAUCCGGCAUUGAGGCUGUAACCGGUCAAAACUUGCCCGCUGUUUUUUAUGUUUUGCUUAACGAUAUUUUGCAUAUUUGCGAU